ACGAAGUUCGAACAGUAAAAAAUAGCCUAAAUUCAUCGGCAAAAAWAARCAAUUGGACAUCUGCUCUGGCCRAAAUCAAAACAUACAUGAGAAAGAACAUUGCUUCCUCUGUGAAUUUCAGCAAUAAAAUUUUUGGGCUACUCAAAAGUAAAGAAAAUAAAUCGUCGAAUGUUCAGUAAACUUCGGGUCAAAACGCCACUUCGUCAACAAGCAUCGCGCGUGACAUUAAUAUAUCAAACAGCCUUAAACAUUCAUCCUAUGGCCUUAUUUUGCCGUAAMCAAASGUGAUACCUAACUUCAAGGGGAAAUAUUUGAGUAUUUGUUUGAUUUACCUGGAAAUAUUGCAGGAUUUACUGGUAUUGUGACAGUUCAAGCAUGCUUCGUAACCCGGUGUCAAAGUCAACAUCGCCACUGUGUUGCCAUUGUUUGAUUGAUUUUGUCUUCCCGAAAUCUACAAAUUAGCAGAAUCCAUCAUCUAUCGACUUAUGCAACUAACACAAGAGUUUCUUGUUCAUCAUGGGCACUUUUGAAGGAAUUUUCACAUUUUAGUGUCAUGUCAAAUCGUGACAUUUGUUGUUAUUGUUGCAAAGCGUGACGAAMUGCACACAGGAACCCCAAUUCCAAGUUGUUGUUUUUUACAGGGAAAAUAUCCGUAUUUAUGACUAAAAUUGUGUAAUUUUUUUCGCAAGCAUUUGAAAAUAAAUUUCUUUUAUUGUAAGUUGUCAAAUCAUUCUAUUAUAAGUUAUCAUAGUUAUGGUAACUGUCCACAUUUUGAGGAUUGUGUGACGAACUGAUUGCAACACCACUUAUUUCGAAACUGUUUGCGUAUGUCCAGUUAUUAAAACCUGAAGAAACUGGUUAAAACGACAAUUUACUGGUUGCAUAUCUAGUAAAAAGCCGUGCCCUUGUCAUUUGCAAUGUGGCAUGGCGUCGUGCAACUACUCUUCGUACGUUGAUGGUUCGUGUGGUAAUAGUUUAUACAAUCCUGCAAACUCUGUAUGUGUGUUGCUAAGAGACUGCGACAAGGACAUAAAAACUCAUCUAAAGAGCUUCAAGUGCUUUGAUUCAGUUUUAAGGAACGAAAAAGAUCUACUUUUGGCAAGAGCAGGUUAGUAUACUUCACUGAUUAAGAAAACACUUUAGUCCGUCCAAACAUUGUUUUUGCUGCUUUUUGUCAGCAACUAUAUCAGUGUGGUUAUGAAGCUAAUUAUCCAGCAAAACCAGAGCAUAGUGGCCAAUAUAGAGAUUUUUUUUAACCCUGACAUUUUACCGUUCAGUUUAACCUCUUGCGCAAUAUAACUAAAUGUCAUACUUCGAUCAGUGGUAUCUUUGGAUAGGAUAGGAAAUGGGAAAGUACAAAAUUAUCUAAAAUCAAUACUAGUAGUUCACUAUAUGUGGCGUGUUGCCUGCAAAAAUUUUGAUUUUGACAUGCUUGAUACUUUAAAGAGUUUUAUCAAAUUUGAUUGCAUUGACAUAUUGAUCUGAAAAGAGGGAAAAGUUGAAUGAAAUAAUGUGUGGCUUUAUUUUGUUUGUAGGCAUUUUUCAAGCUGACGAAGAAUCUGACAAAAUCUCGAUAUGUCCAAGGCAUCGAGAUAUGUUUGGAAUAAGGUGGCGCUCCAGCACAAGAACAUGUUGUACAUCACCUCCUCUUUGGGCGCCUCAUGGUGUACAGAAAAGGAAAGGAGACCGUGGCAUUACAUCAGCUCAAUCUCAACUAAUUUAUAACUCAACAGCAGUUCUUGUUCCAGUGGCAUCMCGUAAGAUAUGCUAUACUCGAUAAAUCGUAUACAUUUAUUGUUAUUUAUGACAGGUGAAGAUAGCGACGAUUUGUGCGAACGACUGAAAACCCUAGAUAUUACUUCUGAACAAAGCAUUUACCAAACAGAAAGCUCUGGCAGUAGUAAUGGUACCGAUGAAAGCAAACGUCCUGAAUCUAAUUUAGCAGCACGCCGUCAAAAGUUGAACGAAUUCCUUUCCUUGAGUGGUAAAGAUCCUGUUAAGCAGUCCAAAAAGACAUGGGAAUACUCGAGCGCACGAACAAAAAGAGAUCGUAUCACUAAAGCGAAAGAUGCUGUUGUAUCAUCCCUAAGUGUAAUUGCUCCCGACGACCCAGGAUCCCUUUGGAUAGGAUUAAAAGAUUCACAGUAUAUUGAACGGUCUCUAGGCCUGGAGUCGAGGGAAGAAGACAAAAAGUAUCUCAGCGCUUUAGCAGAAACCUACGAGAACGCCGUAAGCUGGGACACUCGACGCCAGAUACUAUCAAUUAUGGCAGAUCUCGUACCAUCCACUAUCAUUGAGCGAUAYAUUCCUGGAAUUUCAGAAUAUCGUAUCAAAGCUGCAAGAAAACAUCAGGCAUGUUAUGGGCGUGGUGUACCAGUUGAAGUUAAAAAGAGUCCUAGAAUGCGAGUUGAUGAUUUAMAGCUUGAUCACUUUUUAUCAUUUAUUACAAGUCCUCACGUUAUCCAAGAUCUCCCCUUUGGUCAGCGCUAUUUACAACUAAGUAACGGCAAAGUCCUGGAUACACCUAACGUUAUCAGAUCAAUGAUACCCCAACGGAUAGUAGCUCAGUAUCGCCAGUUUUGYUCAGAGAAUAACUUUACUCCAUUUAGMGAGUCCACAAUGCUUCGCAUACUAUCGUCUUGCUCGGCUUCGCUACGAAAAUCGCUKCAAGGCCUAGACUACUUCACUGCCGAUGGGACAAAAGCCAUUGACGACUUGGUUACUAUAGUCGAAUCUAUUGGAAAUCAUGGUGAAAAGAACAGGCAGUGGGUACAAAAUUGUGAGAAGUCGCUGAAAAAAGGAAGACAAUAUCUGAAAUCAGACUUCAAGAUACAUGUGACUGACAAUGCCAAUGUUCCAGACCAUUGUAUAGUGUACGCCCUAAGUGAUCCCAACGAUGAGAAGCUAGUUAGUAAGUGUGCAGAUCACAGUCAUCAGGAUAUCUGUCCAUCGUGCGAGGAUAUGAAGUUGACACUACAAGAUAUCAAGCUCUCAAUUGAAACUGCUCAACUUACCGAUGAAGAACGAGAUAAUCUGACCUACCAAUACCGACAAGCUGUGCAGGCAAUAGAUGCGUGGAAAGCACACCAGCUGCGAACAACACAGCAAGAUAAAGCACGGACCGAGCUGUUGGAUGACUUAGACGAAUCAUCGGUAUUGGUUGCAUUAGACUGGGCCAUGAAAUUCCUCCCUCAGAGAUACCGAGAGACCCAAGCUGAUUGGUUUGCUAAGCGAGGAAUUUCAUGGCAUAUCAGCGUCGUAGUUCGAAAGAUCAAAGACAAGCUACAACAUCAAGCAUUUGUACAUAUCGCUGAAAACUGCAGCCAAGAAACUGAUGACGUCUUGGUCAUCGUUGAACAUCUUCUCCUUGCCUUAAAAAAAGACCACCCAGAAAUCCAGAACGCCUUUCUACGAGCAGACAACGCUGGCUGUUACCACAGUGUUGCAAUGUUGUCAGCCUGCAAACUGAUGGAAUCAACUGGAAUCAACAUAAGACGAGUGGAUUUCAGCGACCCGCAGGGCGGGAAAGGUCCCUGUGAUCGCAAAGCUGCGACGAUUAAAGCACACGUUCGUCGGUAUAUCAAUGAAGGCAAUGACGUGCUGACGCCAAAACAAUUCAAAGACGCAAUGGUCUCCUAUGGUGGUAUUAAUGGUGUAAGGGUGGCAUUGGUGAACCUUAAAGAGGAGCACAGCACCGCACCGGAAGGAAAGAUUGAUGGCGUCAGUGGCCUAAACAACUAUGCCUACGAAAAGAGGGGCUUGGUCACUUGGAAAUCCUACAACAUCGGCCAAGGAAAAGUAAUACCCUGGACAAGUUUAAAAGUUCGUAGCUGCUUGACCAAAGGAUUUCUAUCCGAUUCCAAUUUUACUGACGGUGAUUUUGUCGAUGUGAACUUUUCAUCCUCUAAAAAACUGUCAUUGCAAGAGCCCAAAGAAAGUGACAUAGAGAACGUUGAAGAAAUCCAAGAAGAAAGUCUCUCUGAUAGCCAACUGUACGCCUGUCCCAUGGAUGGUUGUGUAUGUACUUUCCAGCGCUAUUCCAAUAUGGAGAAUCACGUCCUUUAUGGGAAGUGUACUUUAUUGAUAGAAAGACACACCCUCUUAGAUAAAGCCAAGAUCCUUUAUCAGGAAAAGCUAACAGAAGGCACCAGCAAACAGCCCACUUUGCAUGGAGAAUCUUCCACCCAAGCAAGUGCAUGCACAGAGCAUCUACAACAAGAAUGGGCGUUAAGGCAUUCUAAGAAGAAGGGACGUUUCAAUGAAAGCCAACUGCAGUACCUAGAUGACAAAUUCAAAAUCGGACAGCAGACUGGACACAAAGCUGAUCCUGAACAAGUGUCAGUUGAUAUGAGGUAUGCCAAAAAUGAUGACGGUACCAGGAGGUUUAACGUCGAUGAAUAUUUGUCUGCACAACAGAUCAAGUCCUACUUCUCUAGAACAUCAUCAAAGCUCAGAAGAGUAGACGAGAUGGAUUUGCAAGCCAUCACAGAACAAGAAGCAUACUCCAACACUCGUCAGUCCGUCAUACAAGAAUGCCGAGUUACCCACCCUAUUAUGUACGAUACUCAUAAUAUCUGUGAACUGUAUCUCACCAACAAGCUCCGUAAGAAAUUCAGCAUAGCCAUGCUCCAUGUAGUGUGUGAGUACUUUAGAAUUGACGUGGAACACCUCAAAGGAUCGAGAUUGAAGACACCUUAUCUCAAAUUAAUCACUGAACUUGUUGAUUCAUGUCCUUGCAGCAUUGACACUAGAGUAUAAGGACCACGGUACGAUCUAAUAUGAAUGAUGUUACUAAAAUAGACAAUGUGCAGCGAAGUCAUUUCCUUUAACAAAGCAUGAUGGGAAAAGUAUGAAAUAUUUCGCAUAUUUUGUGUUUUCUUUACACAUACAAUUGAAAACAAUUCUCGGGAGAUUACUUUAUUUUAGUUUGUUCUUGGAUACGGUGUUACUGCGCAUUGACUAUGACGACUUUUUUGUAUUGCUGACAUCCCUUGGAUGAUGUUCGCUGUGGUCAGAUAACAUUUAUUUUGAAAUUUUACAUGGCAAAGCCGUAAAAGCUUGAUGAAUGUUAUUCUAACGGAAGAAAGGACCAUUCGCUCAUACAU